AUGACCAUACCCGGCGAUUCGAAGCCGCUUCAUGUCUUCGACCUCCCACAGCUUUACACGAAACCAACAGCAGCCGAUAUCCUGCGAGCUUUAGAGCAGCUUGCUGUCCGACCACGCAGCUUCAGCAACGACGAUGGCGCCGCUCAACUAGUAAUUCUCCAAACCGGUAUUUCCCACUACCUCACAUCCAUCAUCGCCAGCGCAUUAUCAUGGAUUGACUCCGAUGAGCUCCGCGAAACCAUCUGGGACGCCGCCAGCGCCCGCCUCUGUGAACGCUCGGGAAGAACUGCCAUGCCAUCUAUUUCCCGCGUCUUCACCAUCCCUAUGACCCAGCAAACAAAUUUCCAACUAACUCUCCAUGAACCCUCCCUCACCUCGGAUAACCUAGGCAUGAAAACAUGGGUCUCGUCUUACCUACUCGCCAAACGCCUCCACACUCUCCUCAUACCAUCUUCCUCCCUUGUUCCAUCGCGAGCCAAAAAGAACCGGCCCCUCCGUGCCCUCGAGCUAGGCGCCGGAACUGGAUUGGUCGGACUCACCUUCGCGGCCCUUUGGGGCGCCGCCGCUUCCAUCCACCUCACUGAUCUGGACUCCAUCUUGCCAAAUUUAGCUCACAAUGUCGAAUUAAACGAAGACCUGCUCCUAGAGACGGGGGCGACCGUAUCAACGGGUGUCCUGGAUUGGUCUUUGGAGACUCAUCCGCGCCCCGCGCCAACUGAGGACGAACGAUGUGACGUUAUCCUUGCUGCGGACCCCUUGUACUCCCCCGACCACCCGCGGUGGCUUGUGCAGACAAUCCAGCGCUGGCUGUACCAGGAUGCUGAGUCGAGGGUGGUGGUUGAGAUGCCAUUGAGAGAUGCUUACUUGCCACAAGUAGAAGAUUUUAGGCGGCGGAUGGAGGCGGCGGGAUUAAUCGUUCUGAUGGAGGGGGAAGAAAUUGGGUUUGAUGAUUGGGAGGGGAGUGAUGGGGAGGCGCUAGAGGUGCGGUGCUGGUGGGCUAAUUAUAGAAAAUAUAGAUUGGUUAUACCCCUGAACCAAUGUGUACUGUGUAUGUGUGUGCGUGUGCACUGUCAGAUCCCACUUUUUCAAAAACCAUGCAACUUCCACCGGAUCAAAUCAUACGCAAAACACGCAGUUAUGGUUAUAGGCCUCCUCACAAUAGCAUCUAUCCCAACCGUCAUCGGCGUUUGCGAAGGAGUGAGCGAGUAGAAGAAAGCAAAUAAGCGCAAAUCAGAGGAAAAGCGCCUGGAGAAAUUUUACAUCGAUGUUUUCUGUCUACCUUGAUUCUGCGGCGUCUGACUCGCGCUCCAUCCCCAGCCACACAGCCGAAGCCUUCUAUAUCAGCUACCCAGACGAGGAGCGUGAACCAACCCUCGGCCUCGUCAGCACCGUCUCCGUCGACCCGCCGAUGCUCAAUUGGAUCUAUAUGGAUAAAAAUACAUUUGAGCUGAGAUAUGGAAAUCGGACGCAGAGUCGCGAGCACCUUGUCGGGCCCUGGGAUUGGACGGAGGAUCAGGUUGGGGUAACGGUGCAGGAUAUCGAGGGAUUUGUAGCUGUGGAGGAAGAGGAGGGGGUUUGGGCAGUGUACUUUGAUGCGAAGGGGGGAUGAGUUGAAGUGGAGGGUUGGGGGAAAGAAGAAAGUUGUGGAGAUUAGUUUGGAGAGGCGGUUGUUGAACCCGAAGGAAGAGAAGCAGGGAGAAGAAGGCUGAAGGUGUGAGAGUUUCGGUUCGAUUUAUAGGAGCUAUGGAGUUUUUCAGUCCUAGGCGUCCGGUUAUAGGCAUAUAUGUCAUAUACAUAUAUUCAAAAUGCUUGCUUAGUCUUCGAUUCCACCCCACGACCCGUUAUCGCUUGCAUUUCCUCCCUCGUCUGCCUGCCCUUCAUACUUCCGCCGUUUGCUGGCCUUAGCUGCAUCUCUCCGGUUAUGUUCCUUUCGCCGCUCAAAUCCACUCUUCGUACUGAUCCG